AUGUCUCAACCACCAAUUACUACAACGGAAAAGACCUUCAGUUCUUAUAACCAAGAACAAGGAAACGCUUACGCUGCCGCCCGUCCAGACUACCACCCUGGUCUGUACCAAUUCAUUCUUGAUCAACACACGGCUACAAGUGGCCAGCUUGACACCCUCCUAGAUGUUGGUUCUGGUCCAGGAAAUGUAGCUCGCUCGCUCGGUGCUCAUUUUGCUCAUGCUGUUGGAUUGGACCCCUCCGAGGGGAUGGUCAGCACUGCUCGCUCCUUGGGGGGCACUACGUCUACGGCCGAGCCAAUCCGCUUUGAAAUGUCCACGGCUGAAGACCUGGGAACAAACCUCUCUCCACCCAUCCAGGAUGCGAGUGUUGAUCUCAUCACUGCUGGUAAUGCAGCACAUUGGUUCGACAUGCCUCAUUUCUGGUCGACCGCUGCCCGUGUACUCAAGCCCGGCGGCAGCGUCAUUCUGUGGACUAGUGGCCAGACUCGUAUCCACCCCUCAGUCCCCAAUGCAGCGGCUAUCCAAGCAGAGAUGGAUCGUAUCGAGGAGGAAUAUCUAGUGCCAUACUUUGUUCCAGGGAAUUGGCUCGUUCGCAACAGAUAUAGUGAACUGCCGCUUCCUUGGACCUUGGACACUCCCAUCACGGAAUUUGACGAAACCACGUCCAGCCGGAAGGAUUGGGAUGUCGAGACCGAUUUCUUCGCUAUCAAUCCGGAAGUAAACCUGGACCUAUUUGAAAAGAUCACUGCGACUGGGAGCCCGGUGACUCGAUGGCGCCAGGCUCAUCCGGAGAGCAUUGGUACCGAGCGGGAUGUUCUUAAGAUUUAUCGGAGGGCGAUUGAGCGCCUGUUACAUGAGGCCGGCGUGGAGGAAGGGAAAGAGAUGAUCAAAGGCGCUACGUAUGGGUUGGUUCUCGUUGUAAAGAAGAAGAAGAUUUGA